AUCUGGGGGAGCAGAUGUGGAGCUUCGGGCCGCUCCACUCAUUGUUUCCGCUUCCAACUCCGAGCAGACCCGCGCCCCCGCCCCGUGGAGCCGCCAGCCGAGGGUGCGUUCCGCUCUCCGCAACUUUCUCCACUUCUUCUUCCAACGAUGGGGGACGUCGAGGCCGCGGGCUCGCGCGGCAGCGUCCUGAUGUCUGUGCUCCCCGGCAGAGAGUUCGCCUCCUCCAGGAAAGGAAUGCUGCUCCUGGCUGAAGUGGCGUCGUCCUUCAUCUCCUUCAUCUGCUUUGCGGCGUCCACGGCAGCCGCCUUCGUGACUCUGCCUCUGCUGGAGUUCCUGGCUGCUCUCUUCCUGCUCUUUGCCUACUCCACCAAGUUCAACGAGAGGUUUACAGGAUUCCUCUGGCCGCUGAUGGACUUCUUGAGAUGCGUGACCGCCUCCAUCAUCUAUUUCAUCGUCUCCAUAAUCGCAGUGUCCAAAUACGUGGAUGGUGCCUCCAAAGCUGCCGGGGUGUUCGGGUUUGUCGCCACAGUUGUAUUCGCUUUAGAUUUUUACCUCAUUUUCAACCAGCUGGCUGACUUCCUGAAGCAGGGAGGACAGACCAGCGAAGAACCAGCAAGACAGCAAGAUGAGUUUUCAGACUCCGACUCGGACUGAUGCCGUCGCAGUCCUCUCCCUCCUGCACAUGAGGACCAACACUGCGUGCUGUUACAUGGACAUCUUCGUCUGCCUCUGGGUUGGUCAGGCCUUCCACUCAUGUGCAGAGAGACAUGCAACAAUUUUCACUGUCAUUUUUUCCAUCCGCAUGUUUAUGAAGCUGUGAAACAAAAUUUGUACCAAUAUUGAAGGAGUCUGGUCAAAAUAUUACAGAUAGAGAUUGAAUGCACUUUUUAGUAUCUGAAUUGACACCACAAAAUGUAUCCACACAUUUGUAAUGCUGCGUGUUGGCUGGUUUCAACUGUUGCACAUCUUCUUUCUUAAACUUUUUACUAAUCAUUUGGUUCCUGUGAAGCGUGUUUAUGACGUGUGCGGAAAUAAGUGUGAAUUAAAGCUCAUGGUUACUUUUGUUUUCUUGCCCGUUGAAAGUGAACACAAAUGAGCAGUUGUCGUUUAAAUAAACUAC